AAGCGCUGACUGGAAAUAUGAAGCCAUUGCAACAAAAUGUAUUAGGCUUACUUAGAAAAAUCCGUAUUCUUUCUAUUUCAAUAGUCCUACUUUCGCCGGCUCCGCCGUCCGUGGCUUCAUCCCGUCACUUCCGAUCGUUGUUCCCGUCGACUGCCGCCACAAUGAGCAGCUCUCAGUCGCCUCCGGUGGCCAAGAAGGUGGAGCACAGAAUGGAGUUGUUCGGAGACGUGAGGAUCGAUAAUUAUUACUGGUUCCGCGACGACUCUCGAACUAAUCCCGACGUCACCUCUUAUCUGCAGCAGGAGAAUGCCUACACCGAUUUCGUCAUGUCCGGAACGAAGAAAGUUGAAGAACAGAUUUAUGGUGAAUUAAGAGGUCGAAUCAAGGAGGAUGACAUAUCUGUGCCUGAUCGGAAAGGUGCUUAUUAUUACUACGAAAGGACUCUAGAGGGGAAAGAAUAUGUUCAAUACUGCCGGCGUUUUGUACCCCGUGGUGAAGCGUCGGCUUCUGUGCACGAUAUCAUGCCCACUGGACCUGAUGCUCCUCCGGAGCAAGUUAUAUUGGACGAAAAUAUUAAGGCCCAGAAUCAAUCCUACUACUGCAUUGGAGCCUUUGAGGUUAGUCCAAAUAACAAGCUAGUGGCGUAUGCAGAAGACACUAAAGGAGAUGAAAUCUACACUGUUUAUAUAAUCGAUGCCGAGACUGGAGCUCCCGUGGGAAAGCCUCUUGUAAACAUGACAUCGGAUAUCGAAUGGGCUGGUAAUGACGCUUUAGUUUACAUCACAAUGGAUGAGAUUCUUCGACCUGAUAAGGCAUGGUUGCAUAAACUGGGAACAGAACAGUCAACCGACACCUGCCUUUAUCAUGAGAAGGAUGAUACGUUCUCUCUUGAUCUUGACGCUUCGGAGAGCAAGAAAUAUUUGUUUCUUGGUUCUGAAAGUAAAUUUACUAGGUUCAACUUUUAUCUUGACGUUUCAAAGCCCGAAGAUGGGCUUGUUGUUUUGACACCACGAGUGGAUGGAGUCGACACUUUUGCCAGUCAUCGUGGAAAUCAUUUUUAUAUCAGGAGACGAAGUGAUGAUAUUUUCAAUUCAGAAGUAGUAGCUUGCCCACUUGAUAAUACAUCUGCAACGACAGUUAUUCUUCCACACAGGGAAAGUGUGAAAAUCCAGGAUAUACAACUAUUUCUUGAUCACCUCGUUGUAUGUGAACGUGAAGAUGGUCUACCAAAAAUUGUUGUCUAUAGCCUUCCUGCUACUGGAGAACCACUAAGAAGGCUUGAAGGUGGACGAGCUGUUAAAUUUACUGAUGCGACUUAUUCAGUGGAUUUAUCAGAAUCAGAAUUCUCUUCCAGCAUUUUACGGUUCUGUUACAGCUCAAUGAAGACACCCCCCUCUACAUAUGACUAUGAUAUGAAAACAGGAGUUUCCAUUCUAAAGAAAGUUGAAACAGUGUUGGGAGGUUUUGAUACUUCCAAAUACGUCACAGAGAGGAAAUGGGCAACUGCCACAGACGGCACUAAAGUACCCAUAUCAAUUGUUUAUCGAAAGGAUCUAGUGAAACUUGAUGGUUCAGACCCACUUCUACUUUACGGCUAUGGUUCUUAUGAGGCAUGCAUAGACCCUAGUUUCAAGGCAUCGAGGAUAUCUUUGUUAGACAGAGGUUUCAUUUAUGCAAUAGCUCACAUUCGUGGGGGUGGUGAAAUGGGGAGGCAGUGGUAUGAAAAUGGGAAGUUGUUGAAGAAAAAGAAUACAUUCACGGAUUUUAUUUCUUGUGCUGAAUACUUGAUCGAGAAUAAAUACUGUUCGAAAGAAAAAUUGUGCAUUAAUGGAAGAAGUGCUGGUGGUUUGCUUAUUGGUGCUGUUCUAAAUAUGAGGCCUGAUUUGUUCAAGGCUGCAGUAGCCGGGGUACCUUUUGUAGAUGUAGUAACGACCAUGCUUGAUCCAACAAUUCCCCUUACAACUUCGGAGUGGGAGGAAUGGGGUGACCCUAGGAAGGAGGAAUUCUACUUCUACAUGAAAUCAUAUUCUCCGGUUGACAAUGUUAAGGCUCGAAAUUAUCCAGACAUACUUGUUACUGCUGGCUUAAACGAUCCACGUGUUCUAUAUUCCGAACCCGCCAAGUUUGUGGCAAAAUUAAGGGAUACGAAGACUGAUGAUAAUCUUCUGCUAUUCAAAUGCGAACUUGGCGCCGGACAUUUUUCUAAGUCAGGGAGAUUUGAGAAGCUACAGGAGGAUGCAUUCACCUACACUUUUAUACUAAAGUCUCUUAACAUGAUUCCUGCACUUGGAAGUUGAGCAGAAAAGCUGCCCUUCAUGGUGAUUUCUGGGAGUAAAAGUGAGGAGAGAUGAGGCCUUAUUUGGUUGGUAGAGGCUUAAGGCUUUCGAUUUGACGCUAUUUGGAAAGAUCUUAUUGAAGAGACAUUUUUAGCUAAUCUUCAUUUGUGAGAGAGGACAGUAAGCAGUGGUGUUUUUUUUAAGUAUAACAAGUGGGAAUGAGAGAUUCAGAUUCAUGACCUCUUGAUCAGAAACGAGUGUCAAUUAUCGCUGAGCUAAGUUUAUAUUGACAGCGUUUGUAGUUGUAUUGAUUAGCAUUAGAAAAGUCGACGUCACUUUUAGGUAAUUAGUUAAGACUUGUGUGCAUCCAACCUGAUGUGAAAUUAAUGAAUUAAUUCAAUUAUAACAAACUUAUGAAAGCA